AUGCCACCGCUUGCACCUCCUCCAGAACGUAGUUGUUUGAUGUGCCAAUCGGAAGACGACAGCCGGAUGGUAUGCUGUGACGGCUGCCACAACUGGUUCCACUUCGACUGUGUCGGAGUGACGGAGUCCAUUGCUCAUCACCCGUGGAUCUGUCCGAGCUGCGUCAAACCAAGUACCAAAGGACCACCAUCUGCGACUGGCGAGUCAACGUCAGCACCACCGACAGUCAAACAAUCUGUGCCAGCCGCACCACCACUCGCGACAGAUCCGCUAGGUUUAUCUGCACCACCAAAUUCAUCUGGGCCGCCAGCCCCAUUCGCGCCAUCAGCUCCAUUCGCUCCAGCAGCGCCCUCCGCACCGCUGGUUCCUUCAGUGACAUCGCUUCAGCUGCCUGUAGAUCUGCAGCUAAAAAUGCUUGAAGAAGAGCGGGAGAUCGAGCGAAAAUAUCUUCAGCGAAAAUAUCGGCUAAUGAUGGAAGCAUCCGGAACAGCUCAUAACCAACCUUCAACUUCUCAAGCGAUUCAUGACGACAGCUUUCGCCAGCCACCAUGUCAUUCCUCACCGUUUCGGCCAACUCAUCCUGUCGUUCCAGAGCUACACCUCCUCGAAGGCACCGGUGCAGCGAACGAAACAGGGUUACUUAAUUCGAGCCAAAUCGCUGCUCGUCACGCGGUAGCCAAGGAACUGCCGGCGUAUAGCGGUGAACCAGAGGAAUGGCCGCUGUUUAUAGCAACGUACGAGAACACAACUAGACUUUGCGGGUACACGCCGGAAGAAAAUAUGGUUCGGUUGCAGCGCUGUCUCCGGGGUAAAGCACUAGAAGCGGUGAAAUGCCAAUUACUUCACCCGGCCAAUCUAGACUUCGCCCUUUCAACUUUGAGGAUGCUCUUUGGCCGUCCAGAAAUUAUUGUGCAUACCCUCAUCGAAAAAAUCAACCGAAUACCGGCACCCAAGGCAGACAGGCUCAGUACGCUUGUGGACUUCGCACUAGCCGUCCGAAACAUGGUCGCUACGGUAAAAGCCUGUAAGCUAGAAGAACAUCUGUAUAACAUCACCCUACUUCAAGGUCUGGUAGACCGGCUUCCAACGAUGAUUAAACUGAACUGGGCAACGUACCGUGUUCAACUACCACGGGUUUCGCUUGUGGAGUUUAGCGACUGGCUGUAUACUGUAGCGGAAGCAGCAAGUACGGUAACGAUGCCGACACCCGUUGUUGCUUACGACAAGUUACGUCGCGGCGCUAAGGAAGAUGGGUUUCUUCACGUUCAUUCCGAACACGAAUCAGGUGCUAGUUCAAUACAGCGGCCGAAAAAUUGCUGUUUGAUUUGUCAAGGAUCAUGCAACGCCGUAGAGACUUGUCAGGAGUUCCUUAAUCUCGAUCACUCCGACCGAUGGGCUGCUUUGCGCGAGCAUAAGUUGUGCCGAACCUGCCUAGGAACCCAUCGAGGACUCUGUAGGUCAGGCGACAUAUGUGGUAGGAAUGGAUGCACAUUCAAACACCAUCGCCUGCUUCACAAUGACCGUAGCGAAAUCAACGUUCCCGCUACCAGGUACCCUACACAGUCCAAUCAGACCACUAACACCGAGUCGUCCGCCAGUGCUACCCAGUACAACUGUAACACGCACAGAUGGAAUGAGAAGUCAGUACUGUUCCAAUACGUACCUGUAAUACUUCACAGUAACGGGAAUACAGUGCAUACCUACGCAUUCAUUGACGGUGGAUCCCAUAUGACGCUGCUCGAGGAGGACCUGGCUGCAGAACUAAACCUCCGGGGAGAGAAGCAUCCUCUCUGUAUUCGCUGGACGGCCGAUCACUGUCGCUUCGAGGAUAACGCCGAACGUAUUUCGCUUCAAGUCUCCGGAACGCAAAGUGGUAGCACCAAAUUUUCUUUGAUGGACGUGUUUACCGUCAAAGACUUGAAAUUGCCUGCGCAGUCUCUCUCUGUAGCAACUAUGUGCAAACGCUACAGCUACCUAAGGGGGUUACCUGUUCAGUCAUACAACGACGUGCGCCCCCGUCUUCUGAUAGGGAUGAACAAUAUACGGUUGGGCCACCCCCUAGAUAGUCGUGAGGGCAGAGAGAACGAACCGAUAGCAACAAGAACGCGUCUAGGUUGGACAAUAUUCGGAAUUUGUUUGGAUGAUCAUCCGAAACCGAUAACAGUCCCAUACAGUUUCCACAUCUGCUCCCACUCACAAAAUGAUGAGGAUGAUCUACACACCACGGUAAAGAACUACUUUGCACUGGAGAGUUUGGGAAUCGCCGCACCCAAAAAGGAAUUGCUUUCAACGGACGACGAACGUGCUGUUAAAAUACUGCGGGAAAACACGCGGCUCGAGAACGGCCGAUAUAGCACAACUCUAUUAUGGAAAUACGACGACGUACGUUUGCCAAACAAUAAAGCAAUGGCCCUCAGACGUCACCACUGCCUUGUAAAAAGAAUGAAACGCGAACCAUCGCUAGGCGAAGUACUCAGAAAGAAAAUAGCCGACUACAUCCAAAAGGGAUUCAUUCGUAAGCUGUCGCCUGAGGAGGGGCGAAAGGCAGGUGACCGCAUCUGGUACCUACCUAUUUUUCCUGUAUCAAACCCAAACAAGCCAGGCAAAGUUCGCAUCGUGUGGGAUGCUGCAGCAUCGGUCGCAGGCACGUCUCUGAACUCCGUCUUACUAAAAGGUCCCGAUCAAUUGAAGCCCUUGCCUUAUAUACUCUACAAAUUUCGGGAACGACCAGUCGCUAUAUGUGGAGACAUAGAGGAAAUGUUCCACCAGGUCAGGAUGAGCGAUGAGGACCAGCAAAGUCAACGUUUCCUGUUUCAAGAUAACACGGACGCAGCCGAACCAGAUGAAUAUGUAAUGACGGUUAUGACCUUCGGUGCUACUUGCUCACCAAGCAGCGCACAAUUCAUCAUUAAUCGUAAUGCCGAGCGCUUCGAAGAGCAGCUACCAGCAGCAGUCGAGGCUAUUCGAGAAAACCAUUAUGUUGACGACAUGCUUGCCAGUGUCGAUACAGAAGCAGAAGCCGUACAGCUAGCUAGAGAUGUCCAUUUCAUCCACCAGCAAGGAGGGUUCAAAAUGAGGGGCUGGAUUUCAAAUUCUUCGACCGUUAUGGAGGCGCUCAACGGUACAGAAGCCGUCGAAAGGAAUUUGGAUCUCAAUACAAAUACCGCUCUGGAGAAAGUAUUAGGGAUGUGGUGGAAUAUCAAGUCGGACGAGUUCCAGUACAAACUGUCAAAGGAGCGUCACGCCGAUCUCUUGUUCAAUGCCAAGCAUCCCACCAAGCGAGAGAUACUCAGUGUUCUCAUGUCCAUAUAUGACCCUCUUGGAUUACUCGCCAACUUCCUCAUGCCACUUAAACUCUUGCUGCAGGAGAUUUGGCGCUCAGGAGUGGCAUGGGAUGAGCCAAUUGCAGAUCCGCAACUCCAGAAGUGGAAGUCAUGGUUGACCUAUCUACCCCAGGCGGGUUCAGUACGGAUUCGUCGGUGUUAUACUGCACUGGCACCCUACGAACAGUUGACCACCGAGCUACACACGUUUGUGGAUGCCAGUGAACUUGGCUACUGUGCGGUGUCCUAUCUACGACUUGAACUAGGGGAACACAUUGAAUGCGUGCUGAUAGGUGCCAAAACUAGAGUAGCACCGCUCAAAUUUGUAUCCAUCCCCCGUCUAGAGCUCCAAGCAGCAGUGGUAGGCAGUCGUCUCGCUAAAAGCAUUCAAGAUGGUCAUUCAAUAAGGAUAGGACGUCGGUUUUUCUGGACUGAUGCCGCAGAUGUGCUUUGCUGGUUACGCUCAGACCACCGUUCGUAUUCACCGUUUGUGGCACAUCGAGCAUGCGAAAUUCUAGAAACGACCGACAUCUCCGAGUGGAAGUACGUACCGACUAAAGAGAACGUUGCUGAUGAGGGCACCAAAUGCCUACGAAAGUUGAGUCUUGAUGCUACAAGCCGGUGGAGGAAAGGACCAACAUUUAUUUGGAAACCUAUGGUGGAAUGGCCUAUGGAACCCCUCCGUAGGAGCAUGACUGACCUAGAAAUGCGGCCAAGUAUGCUACACCAUUCUGUGGUGAGUGAGCAUCUAAAACCGGAAAACUUUUCAAGCUGGCGGCACCUGGUAACGGUUACGGCACUAGUUCAUCGAUUCCCUAACAAUAUUAGGAAAAGAAUCGCAGGCGAUGUACCUACAGUGGGCCCACUAAAACGCGAGGAGCUGCUUUGCGCUGAGCUGUUUCACUACAAGAGAUGCCAAGAAGAAUCUUACGCCGACGAACUGACACUACUGAAAUCUACGGGUACAGGUAAGCGAUAUCUUCCAAAAAACAGUCGCCUCUAUAAACUAUGUCCAAUAGUCGAUACUGAUGGAGUAAUGCGCAUCCACGGCCGCAUCGAUGCUUGCGACUACGUAGAUGAAUACGCUAAACACCCGAUUAUAUUACCCCGAGGACAUUUCGUUACGAAACUAGUUCUUCAAGAUAUUCAUGAACGGUAUCACCACCAGUGUCAAGAAACGUUCCUGAACGAGGCGCGAAGCAGAUUUUAUAUCCCUAGAAUACGCGCCGAAUGUAAGAAAGUUGCAUCUGAUUGUCAGCGCUGUAAAAUUCGACGGGCAACACCGACACAACCAGCCAUGGGCGAUCUACCUAAGGCCCGUUUAGCAGCAUUUGUCCGACCCUUUUCCUACGUUGGAGUAGACUAUUUUGGCCCGUAUAAUGUUGCAGUUGGCAGAAGAGUAGAGAAACGAUGGGGCGUGCUAGUGACCUGUCUCACCGUGCGAGCUAUUCAUAUAGAAGUAGCUCACUCUCUGGACACAGGGUCUUGCAUUAUGGCUCUACGUAAUUGCUUCGCUCGACGAGGGGUCCCGGUACAAAUUAUAAGCGAUCGUGGUACCAAUUUUGUAGCGUCGGAGAAAGAACUGAAAAGAGCUUUGUCCAUGGUGGAUCAAGAUGAGCUGAUCAAGGAAUUUACGUCGGAAUCCACGUCAUGGACAUUCAACCCCCCUGCUACCCCCCAUAUGGGUGGAGCAUGGGAGAGGUUGAUACAAUCCGUGAAGAAAAUCUUAUCGGAAUUGCGGUUACCUCGCCUACCACGUGACGAAGUAUUGAGGAGCAGUUUGAUCGAAGUCGAAAACAUAGUCAACAGCAGGCCACUAACGCACAUACCUGUUGAGUUUGAAUCAUCGCCAGCUUUGACACCAAACCAUUUUCUGGUGGGAUCAUCCAACGGGCUCAAGUCUCUUAUUCCGUUCGACGAUAGCGCUACGGCAUUGCAGUGGUCCUACAAAGCAUCGCAAACGUUAGCCAACCUCUUUUGGAGACGUUGGGUAUCCGAAUAUUUGCCGACGAUUACUCGUCGAACAAAAUGGUUUACUCCAGCUAGCCCCCUGUCCGUUGGUGAUAUUGUCAUAAUCGUGGACCCGAAGUACCCCAGGAAUUAUUGGCCGAAAGGAAGGGUGUUAGCUACGACGAUUUCCAAAGACGGCCAAGUGCGCCAGGCGACGGUGCAGACCGCAUCAGGGAUAUUUCAACGAUCAGUAGUAAACCUUGCAGUGCUGGAUGUUGGUGCAAAGAAUAGUAAGCCGGAAGCAGAUCCGGUUACCGGGGGGGAGUGUUGA